CAGUCAAAGACUCCCCGGCGAAGUUUCGAGAAGCUGAAAGCAAAGCGAGCAUCAGCUGAAGCAAAGAGGCAACAACACUGAAAAACCUGAAGGAAAACUGACGACAAGUUUAAAGAAGCUGAACAAGCAACAAGCAUAAGAGGUGAUGGAACAGAAAGAACUAGAGGCUCCAGCUGCUCCAGUGCUGGAUGGAGACCCAACAGAGGAAAAGGCAGUGGAGGAGAAGAACGAGUCUGUGGCCACAGCAGUUCCUGAUGCAGUCAUGGCAACAGUGGACGCAGAGAUGGAGGAGGAGGCUGGAACCGAAGCAGCGGAGGAAACACAGGAAGCAGAGGGGAGAAGGAGAAUGUCCCUGAGAGCCUGGGAGUCAGAGGCCUCUGCUGAUGAGAAGCCUCCGGUACCUGACCCAGCGUUUAGCAGGAGGUGCAGCCUCCUCGCCAGCGACGUCAAGUAUAAGGAAGACUUUGAGAAGAUGAAGGGUCAGAGUAUGUUUGUUCCUGGAGCUGAACUCAUCCAUGCCAAGAACAUCAGCGCUGUGAUAUCCAAGUCUAAAUACAAGGAGGACGGAAUGAAGGAGGCUUCCUUCUCUCUGUACUCCAUCCUGCCUGAUACUCCGGAGACGGCUCAUGCCAGAGAGGCUUCAGAGCUGCAGAGCGAGAUUAAAUAUAAGGGGAACACGAAGACAGAGAUCUCCUCCCCACUCUACUGUCUCCUGCCAGAAACCACAGAGACUCAGUUUGUCAAGGAGCUGAGUGAGAUACUGAGUGAGAACAAGUACAAGGAGGAAGGAAAGAAGGAGCUGAGCAGCAGCUUGUACUCACAGCUUCCUGAAACCGCCGAGAUGCAGCUGGCCAAAACCGUCCACGAGUUUCAGAGCGAGAAAAAGUACAAAGAAGACGGGAGGAGGAAGGCGUCCGUGUCCCUGUACUCCCAGCUCCCCGACGCCCCGGAGAUACAACAUGCGCUGGAGGUGUCGCAGCUGCAGAGCGAGGUGAACUAUCGGCCCAAGGUGAUGGUGAGAGGAGCUCCUUCCUCCCUGUACUCCCAGCUCCCCGACACCACUGAGAUCCAGUUUGCCCGAGAGAUGACGGAGAUGCAGAGUGAGAGUAAGUACAAGGAGGAAGGCAGGAGGAGUCUCUCCCAGAGCUUCUACUCUCAGCUCCCAGAGACUACAGACACCCACUUUGCUAAGACGGUGGCUGAGCUGCAGAGCGAGCUGAGGUACAAAGAACCUGGUAAAAAGGGGGCGAGUGCGUGUCUGUACUCUGUCCUCCCGGAGACGCUGGACACGGCUCACGCUAAGGAGGCUGCUGAGCUCGUCAGCGAUGUGAAGUACAAAGAGGACGCCUUGAAGGAGAUGAGUGUUAGCUUGUACUCUCUGCUGCCUGAGACCAUGGAGACCCAGCAGGCCAAGGAGGCGUCCAGCCUGCAGAGCCAGGUCAAGUAUAAAGAAGGCUUGAAGCGGAUCCAGAGUUUGUACCAUCGGCUCCCAGAGACCACGGAGACGCAGCAGGCCAAGCAGCUGUCUGAGCUGCAGAGCCAGGUGAAGUAUAAAGACGCAGGGAACGCGUCCUCCCUCUACUCCCUCCUGCCUCAGACGCUGGAGACUCAACACGCUAAGGAGGCGGCGGAGCUGCUCAGUGAGAUCAAGUACAGGGAGGACGGGAGGAGGCAGAUGUCCAGCUCCAUCUACUCCACGCUGCCCUGCACCUCAGAAACCAGCUUCGCCAAAGAGAUGAGUGAAGCGCUGAGCGAGAGGAGGUACAGAGAGUCGGGCCUAAAGAGCCUGACCCACAGCGUCUACAGUCAGCUGCCAGAGACCUCUGAUACACACUUUGCUAGAAGUGUGGGUGAGCUGCAGAGUGAGAUGAAGUACAAGAAGGGGAAGAAAGAAGAGUCCCGGUCUCUAUAUUCCACUCUGGCUGAGACUCUGGAGACCCAACACGCCAAGGAAGCGUCCGAGCUACAGAGUGAGCUCAAGUACAAGCAGCCUCUGCAGAACGGUGCUUCCUCCAGCUUGUUCCACCUGCUGCCCGACACGCUGGACACAGCCCAUGCUAAAGAGGCAUCGGAGCUGCUCAGUGAGGUGAAGUACAAAGAGGACGCCUUGAAGGAGAUGAGUGUUAGCUUGUACUCUCUGCUGCCUGAGACCAUGGAGACCCAGCAGGCCAAGGAGGCGUCCAGCCUGCAGAGCCAGGUCAAGUACAAAGAAGGCGUGAAGCAGAGAUCCCCCAGUUUGUACCACCAGCUCCCAGAGACCACGGAAACGCAGCUGGCCAAGCAGCUGUCUGAGCUGCAGAGCCUUAACAAGUACAAGGAGGCCGGGAAAGCAGAGCUGACCACCAGCCUGUACUCACAGCUGCCUCACACCAUGGAGACGCAGCACGCCAAGGACGCGGCGGAGCUGCUCAGUGAGGUCAAAUACAGGGAGGACGGGAGGAGGCAGAUGUCCAGCUCCAUCUACUCCACGCUGCCCGACACGCUGGAAACCAGCUUCGCCAGAGAGAUGACUGACACGCUGAGCGAGAACAAGUACAAAGAGGACGGGAAGAGAAGUCUCUGCCAGAGCUUCUACUCUCAGCUUCCAGAAACUGCUGAGACUCAGUUCACUAAAAUGGUGUCUGAGCUUCAGAGCGAGAUAAAGUACAAAGAAGCAGGAAAGAAAGAAUUGGUGAGCUCCCAAUACGCCACUCUACCAGAGACUCUGGACACACAGCGCGUCAGGGAGGCGUCACAGCUGCUGAGCCCGCUGAAGUACAAACAGAGCUCAGGGACAGACGCGUCCUGCCUGUACCACCUGAUGCCAGAAACCAUCGACACCCAGUUUGCCAGGCAGCAGACGGAGAUGCUCAGCGAGGUCAAAUAUAAAGAGGACGGUAAGAAAGAGAUGAGCGUCAACCUGUACUCACUGCUCCCUGAAACCAUGGACACGCAGCGCGCCAAGGAGCUGACGGAGAUGCAGAGCGAGGCUAAAUACAAAGAGGCCGGUAGGAAGCAGACUUCAGCGCCUCUGUUCCACCAACUGCCUGAGACACUGGAGACGCAACACGCCAAGGAGGCCUCGCAGCUCCACAGUCAGGUCCUGUACAAAGAAGCUGUUAAGAAGGAGCUGGCGUGUCCAGUUUACCACCAGCUUCCUGACACGCUGGAGACCCAGUUGGCCCGGGAUCUGACUGAGAUGCAGAGUCAGAACAAGUACAAGGAGGACGGCCUGAGGAGCCUGGCUCAGAGCCUCUACUCACAGCUGCCUCAGACGUCUGACACUCAGUUCGCUACAAAGGUUUCUGAGCUGCAGAGCGAGACCAAGUAUAGGAGUGCGGGGAAGCAGGAGGCUGGCAGCUGUUUGUACUCGGUGAUGGCAGAAACUCUAGAGACUCAGCAGGCCAAGCAGGCCUCCCUCAUCCAGAGCCAGGUGAAGUAUAAGCAGGACGGGGUGAAGGAUCUGUCAUCCAGUCUAUUCUCCAGCCUCCCUCAGACCCUCCAGACGGAGCUGGCCAAGGAGGCCACAGAGCUGCAGAGUCAGGUGAAGUACAAGCUGGGCUGUAAGAAAGAGGCGUCGUCUCCGCUCUACCACCUCCUCCCUGAGACGCCAGAGACCUGUUUGGCCAAACACGUGUCAGAGAUCCAGAGCGAGGCAAAGUACAAGAAGGACAAAGAGGAUCUGCCCAACGCGCUGUACUCGCUGCUGCCGGAGACUCUGGACACUCAGUUUGUUAAGGAGAUGUCUGAAACGCACAGCGAGGUGAAAUACAAGCAGGCCGGGAAGCAGCAGGUCGCUUCCUCGCUCUACUCCAAACUGCCUGAAACUCUGCAGACCAAACAUGCCAAGGACGUGACCGAGCUGCAGAGCGAGAACAAGUACAGAGACGAAGGCAGAAAGGAGCUGCUGUCGCCUCUGUACGCUCAGCUGCCAGACACCUCGGAGACCCAGUUCGCCCGGGACAUGACUGAGCUGCAGAGCCAGACCAAGUAUAAGGAAAGUGGCAGGAAGCUCCAGGCUGUGUCUGCUUACUCCCAGCUCCCAGAGACCACUGAGAUCCAGUUCGCCAAAGCUGUCUCUGAACUACAAAGUGAGAACAAAUAUAAAGAGGCGGCGAAAAAAGAGGCGUCUGCUGCUUUGUACUCAAAGCUGCCUGAGACUCUUGAAAUGCAGCACGCAAAAGAGGUUUCAGAGCUGCAGAGUCAGGUGAAAUAUAAGCAGGAUGUGAGGAAGGAGGCGAGCGGCUGUUUGUACCACCAGCUCCCUGAAACCCCGGAGACGCAGCUGGCUAAGGAGCUCACAGGCCUCUACAGUGAGGUGAAGUAUAGAGAAGACGGAAAGAAGGAGACCAGCAAGAACCUGUACUCGCUCCUUGCUGAGACGGCAGAGACGCACUUUGCGAAGCAGAUGUCAGAGCUCCAGAGCGAGGUGAAGUACAAGAAGGACAAGGAGGAUCUGCCCAACGCCCUGUACGCGCUGCUACCGGAGACUCUGGACACUCAGUUUGUUAAGGAGAUGACUGAGACGCACAGCGAGAGCUGCUGGAGUCCUGUCCUUUACUGGUAUCAUGAGCUACUGUGGCUCUGACACGUUUGCUGUUGCAGGUGAAGUACAGGGAAGCGGGGAAGAAGGAGGCGGGCAGCUCCCUGUACCACCAGCUGCCUGAGACGCUGGAGACGCAGCGCGUGAAGGAGGCCACGGAGCUGCAGAGCCAG